AUGAAGAAUGUACUAGUGGAUGCUUUCAAAGAUGUGGCUGCAAAGUUUGGUGAUGAUAAAGUUUUUAAAGUUUGUCGUGCGAAGAUGAUUGAUAUAUUUUCAUUGAAGGAUUUUGAGGGCAAAUCAGAUGAUGAUGAUGAUGAUGAAUUGGCGUCUUUAUUAGUCAAAAAAGGUGUUGUAAGUGAUGAUGCAGUUGGUGAUGUGAUGCAGUCAGGAGAUUUUGUGGAUGAUGGCAUUCCGGUUCUUGUUAAUCAAGGAGAAAAUGAAGCAUUAGAUGGUGUGAAUCUUGAUUCUGAUGAAGUACAUGCUGAUGUUCAAAAUCCUAAAGCCGAUGUUCAUGAUAAAGUAGAGAAUAUGAGUGAAGGCGAUAAAGAAGUAGAUGAUCAUCUUUCUGAUGAAGAAGAAGUGUAUGAAGAAGAGUUAUUUUCAGAGUGGUUGUGCUUCGAUCAGGAUGAGGAGUCUGAAGAAAAUAUGAGUGUUCCUCCUAAAGUUGUAGAUCAAGAGCCUCCGUCUAGCCCAACUGUUUUGCAGCCAGCAUUUGGUAAACGACGACGUAGACCAGCUCCUGUGUUGCAAUCCCCAUAUGUCAACGCGAAAACCCCCGUUAAUUCGCGUAUUUGUCAUUCAGAACUGUGUGUUACGAUGCAAAUGUUUUCAAAAUUAGAUAUUUCUCGAACUUAAGUUUCCCA